AGGUUGGGGACCCCUACUCUAGAUGACAAAUUUAAGAAUUUGGAUACAUCCUGCAGGCUUCUUUAAAAAGCCAACAAGAUAUUUCCUAUCUCACCACGUAAUCCUAGAGUCCGAAGAAGAGGCGGGACAAUGCUUCCUAAACCCAGAAAGAAUGGGCGUGGAAGGGCGGGGUAGGCGAGGGAGCAGCAGUUUAUUGUCCAAUCAAGAAGCGAGGUUCGCUAUAUAUUUUGGGAAGACCGAGUGCUCACAUCACUGUUAGGUAGUUGGCACUACUUACCAAUGGCUCGCACUAAGCAGACGGCUCGCAAGUCCACCGGCGGCAAGGCGCCGCGCAAACAGCUCGCCACCAAGGCGGCCCGCAAGAGCGCGCCGGCCACCGGCGGCGUGAAGAAGCCGCACCGCUACCGGCCCGGCACAGUAGCUCUGCGCGAGAUCCGCCGCUACCAGAAGUCCACGGAGUUGCUGAUCCGCAAGCUGCCAUUCCAGCGGCUGGUGCGCGAGAUCGCGCAAGACUUCAAGACUGACUUGCGCUUCCAGAGCUCGGCCGUGAUGGCGCUGCAGGAGGCGUGCGAGGCCUAUCUGGUGGGGCUCUUCGAGGACACCAACCUUCUCCGGGCUUUCGCAAUGUCUGGUCGUGGCAAAGGCGGAAAAGGUCUGGGCAAAGGAGGCGCCAAGCGCCACCGCAAAGUUCUUCGUGAUAACAUCCAGGGCAUUACCAAGCCUGCUAUUCGGCGCCUAGCUCGUCGUGGUGGGGUGAAGCGCAUCUCCGGGCUCAUCUACGAGGAGACUCGCGGGGUGCUGAAGGUGUUCCUGGAGAACGUGAUCCGCGACGCGGUCACUUACACCGAGCACGCCAAGCGCAAGACUGUCACCGCCAUGGACGUGGUCUACGCGCUCAAGCGACAGGGCCGCACCCUCUACGGCUUCGGCGGCUGAGUAUCCGCGUUCCCCGGUAUUGAACAAAAGGUCCUUUUAAGGGCCCCCACUCUUUCAUUUGAGGAGCCGUGAUGCUUUGCUUUUGAGUUUUCUCCUGUUACUCUGUAUGCUGCUUUAAACGCUUAGUACUAUUUCCACCCUUUGUUGUGAGUGUGUAGUUACAUUUUACGCUUCCAGGCAAUGUUUUGAACAUAAUUUUGUACUGUUACCUAUUCAGUGGAAUAUUUGGUCUAAUAGCCUAGACAUUCAUAAGUGGAAGCAAAUGUCACCCAAAUAUAUGUGGCUUAAGAUUUA